AAGUGGCAAAUUGAAAAGUUUCUUCUGUUUGGCGCCCGAGAGAGCAACUCCCGGCAAUCCUUACACCCGCGGGUCACCCUCAGAUCCCUACACCGCCCGGCCUCCCAGAUAUAUCCUACACCCGCGGGUCACCCUCAGAUCCCUACACCGCCCGGCCUCCCAGAUAUAUCCUACACCCGCGGGUCACCCUCAGAUCCCUACACCGCCCGGCCUCCCAGAUAUAUCUUACACCCGCGGGUGACCCUCAGAUCCCUACACCGCCCGGCCUCCCAGAUAUAUCCUACACCCGCGGGUCACCCUCAGAGAUUCCUGCACCUCCCGACCUCCCAGAUAUCUCCUUCACCCGCGGGUCACCCAGAAAGAUCCCACACCACCGGAGCAAACGGCCGCCUGAUGUCCCCGGCAGCUGGGAUUCCGCGCACCGUAUAGGAGUCUCCGGGAAGAGAGGAGGCACAUAUGAACAUAUUACUAAUUGUGGGGAAGUUGCGUCUGCUCGCACAUUAUGGAGGCUGACCUGAAGGAAAAUUCCAUCUUUCAUUUAAAUAAGAAGAAUGUGCUGUCACCCUUGAAGCGUCCUGCCGCUGCCAUAUUAGCAGAGAUCCAUCCCGCCGCCGGCAAUCUAAAAACGCCAACAAAGCCUUGUGAAAACGGCAGCGAUCCAUGGACGCCAACGGCAAACCUGAAAAUGCUGAUCAGCGCGGCCAGUCCUGACAUCAGGAAUAGGGAGCGAGAGAUACUGGAGGAACAAUUUUCAGGCGACGAGCUUGAAAAAACUCUCCCAAGUCGCAAGGAAAAGAGUUUAGGAUUGUUGUGCCAUAAAUUUCUAGCACGUUACCCGGAUUACCCAAUUUCAACCCUUAACAACAGUAUAUGCUUAGAUGAAGUGGCCGGGGAGCUGCAUGUGGAACGCAGACGAAUAUACGACAUUGUUAAUGUACUGGAGAGCCUGCAUAUGGUCAGCCGCCUCGCCAAGAACAAGUACAUCUGGCAUGGCCGCCAUAACCUCAGCAAAACCUUUGAUGCACUGAGACAAGUCGGUGAGGAGAGCAGAUACGCAGAACAGAUUCUGCACCUGAAGAAGCGUGAGCAGGAAGAGAUGGAUUCCUUAGAGGAUGCGCUCGGUGCAAGAUCUCUGAUGAAACCAGUUGAGAUCAGCUUUGUGGAGCUUCCUGGGCUGGAGUUUAGAGCCGCCUCUGUGAACAGCAGGAAGGAGAAGUCGCUACGAGUGAUGAGCCAGAGAUUCGUUAUGCUCUUCCUGGUGUCCACGCCGCAGGUCGUCAGCCUGGACACUGCGGCCAGGAUUCUCAUCGGCGAGGAUCAAGUCGAUGAUUUAGAUAAAAGCAAAUUUAAAACAAAAAUAAGACGUUUAUACGACAUUGCAAAUGUCCUCAGCAGCCUGAAUCUCAUAAAGAAAGUCCAUGUGACUGAAGAGAGGGGCCGUAAGCCGGCGUUUCAGUGGACGGGACCCGAAACCGCUACAGAACAGCGCGAGUCCACGCCCAAUCCCACGUCGCAAGCCUCCGUAGCCCUGGACCUGCGGUCUCCUAAGGAGAACUGUGCUAAGAAUCUCUUUGCUCCCCGUGGCAAGCAGAACUUCACUCGUCACCAGUCGCUUAUAAAGCUGGCGAAGAGUAUUGAGAAUGACAGGCGGAAGAUCAACUCCGCCCCCAGCAGCCCUACAAAGAGCGAUGAUUGCGGCAGCUCGGCUGCUGUUCCCAGUAAGAUGGCUCAGCUAGCGGCAAUCUGCAAGGAGCAGCUGGACCAUACCAACUGCAGGGAUGUAAAGAAGAUGAAACUCAGCCUGUCUAGAGGCAUCCUUAACGGGAAUGCCAGGUUCAUGAUGAAGCCUCAGAACCAGCAAUCUUCACCCAUCAGCCCCAUCCUCUAUCAGGCUCUGCCUCUCGUUCAGGCUCGCUCUAAUUCCCCGGCCACAUACACCGUCUAUUUACAGUCUCCGCAUAGCAGAACGGACACUACGGCUCAUCCUGACCUCUGUUCUGGCAGCACUGUGCUGGGGGAGAAGAAUGUGCUGCAAGACGAUGGGAAGUUACCAGUCACGGAUCAGUCUGCUGAGAAUGACUCGGGGAACGAGAAAAGUUCUGGGAAACUUCCAGAACGUGCCGACCACGGCUCCAAGCGGAUUAAAUGCUCUGGCCAGGAGGAUUUGCCCGAGAGGAUGAUGCCUUCUGGGUAUCUAAUCCCCGUACAGCUGGCACCGGUGGGCAACGAAUCUCCUAAAAAUCCCACGUCGUCCCCUCCAGAACCACAAAUGUUCACUUCUCCCAUGGCAGGAGUCAUACCGCUGAAGUUCAUGUUUUCCCCAGUGCUAAGCCAUGCCGGGCAGCCGGUGACUUCGCCCAACCUUUCCUGCACCAGUCCUGGAAUAUUCAACUUCACUCUGCAGAACAAAGACCUGAUAUCGCCACCUUGUGGCAGCUCCCAGUCACUUACCAUAUCCCCCAGAAAUGGAAGAUCACCGGAGGAGCUGUCGGCAGCUCAAAUGUUAAACUUCAAACACAUGUCCCCCAUCCCCUAUAUCCCGCUAUAUACUCUGCAGCAGCCUGGUGUUCCACUAACCCCGAAAGGAUCGCAGCCACACAAAGACAAUUUCUUCCACACCCCAGGGGGUCUGACCUCCUCGCCAGUGGGUUCUGCUGCUACUGAUGGAGGAACUCAAGGACCAAUACUCAUAUCGCAGAGGAAGCUGGACGUGGGCAGCGAGGAUUAGCUACGGUUCUGCUUCCUUUUUCCUGCAAUCCUCAGCCAUGACCACCGUCUUCUCACCUAACAGGAGAACCUGAGCAGCAGAAUUACAAACCAGCGCGGACGUAGACGGGUAGCCACCGUGGGCGUGCCCCCUCGGAGCAACAUGGCGUACACAUUAAUUACACUAGAAGGGUCCUUGUAUCUUAUUUAUUCACUUGCCUCUAUGGCGCAUAUCGAUUAUACCAAUGUUUGGCGUACCCGACAGGGUGACACGAGAGUGCAUUGGGAGAGUUAAUGCUUUUUAACAAAAUGUAACUUGAUUCACUAAAGGCAGAUAUCCUGGAUGACAUGCUACUGCCCGGAUCAGGAAGCUAUUAUAAGAUAGCGUGGACUUUUCAGGAUACAUGACAAGAGCGACACAAUCGGCGUUGUGGCUAGGCUUACUGAGACAUUCGUGAAGACUGGAAGUGUAACAGGCCAACCGAAAAAUGCUCGUCCAACCACAUCGAUGAUGAAUGACAAAAAAGUGUUAAUUUUCCCUAUGUAUAGAAUGUCCCCUAUGUAACAGACUUUUAUACAACCAUAUAUAAACCCUGUGUCAUUAUCUAGAGCAGGUCUGGCCAACCUGUGGCUCUCCAGCUGCUGUGAAACCACACAUCCCAGCAUGCUCUGCCACAGUUUUAGCAUUUCCUAAUAGCAAAAGUGAAGCAGGGCAUGCUGGGACUUGCAGUCCCACAACAGCUGGAGAGCCGCAGGUUGGCCAGGUCAGCCAUUAACACAGCUGUAUGAGAUGAGACAGACCCUGUAUAUACCUGCUGUGCCCCCGGCCCUGAGGUUGUUGCUUGUCGCUUCUUUGGUCUUUGUUUCUGAGUCGGUCUGAUGGUAUCGGGGUGGCUCAUUGUACAUACAGUACAUUAUUGGGAGACGGGUGUAGUGGAGUCUUCAGUAGGUAUACAUGCACCUACCUGGCAUUCAGGAGAAUAGGUUUCCUUGCAUGUAAUCCAGCCCUGGCUACAAGAGGAUUUAUAUUUUAGACGCACAGCCCUUGAUGGUUGUGGCUUUUUAAAAAAAAAUAAAAAUUAUUAUUAAUACAAUGUGUGCCGCAGCUGCCCAUCAAUGUUCCCCUAGUUUAUGUCUAGAAGUAAGUAAAUAUCCCACUUGAGAAAAAAAUCAAUAGCCUCAUAAUAACUUUAAUGAAAUCCUUGAAAAUUAUUUAAAUUACUGUAUUGAUAUUUGUACGUUUUUCUCUGUAGUGUGGCAUAAGGCGUGAUGCACAAAUAAUUGGAAUUGUAUUGCACACAAGUACACCGUGUAGUAAGUAUUCGCACAUUGUCAUAUAUAUGUGCCUUGCGGUAUGAUUGGUAUAUGCAAUGUGUGUCCUUUUUUAUGUACAGCCUGUUUCAAAUUUGAAACUGAAAUGAAUUAAUAUUUAUAUAAUAUUAAAAAAAAAAAAAUACCUUGAAAUUUGAUAUUUUUAAAUAAAUUUCUUUUUAUUUUA